GAGGUAUAGUAGCUCGAUCUGUUCUGCAGUGUUGAGUAUGGCCGUCAAGGCACUCUCCUCCGCCGUCUUCUUCCUUUCCUUCGUGAUCCUGGCCGCCGGGGCAAGAUCGCCGGCGUACGGCGUCCACGUCGCGACGACGGCCGCGGGGAGCUACGGCGGCGGCGACGACAACGCGUGCGUGUACACGAUCUUCGUGCGGACCGGGUGGAUCUGGAAGGCCGGGACGGACUCGGUGAUCGGGCUGGGGCUCCGCGCCGCCGACGGCGGCGGGUUCGCCAUCCCGGACCUGGCCCGCUGGGGCGGGCUCAUGGGCGCCGGCCACGACUACUACGAGCGCGGCAGCGUGGACAUCUUCAGCGGCCGGGGGCCCUGCCUGUCGUCCCCGCCGUGCGCGGUGAACCUGACCUCCGACGGCUCCGGCGCGCACCACGGCUGGUACUGCAAGUCCGUCGAGGUCACCGCCGCCGGGCCGCACCGGGCCUGCGCCAGGGCCGCGUUCGGCGUCGAGCAGUGGCUCGCCAGGGAUGCGCCGCCGUACCGGCUCUACGCCGAGCGCGGCGCCUGCGCCAAGAGCGCCGCGGCGGAGUGAUAUCAUGCUGUGGUGUCUCGGGGUAAAUGUUUGUUCUUCUAUUACACAUCCUUGCUGUCUGCCGCGGUCGCCUGCCUGGAAAGGAAAAGAAAAGAAAAACUAUAAAUCCAAGUGAUGAUGGAUGAAAUCGCAUCACCACCCUAUACGCCGUGGA